AUGGUUGCUAAGAGAGUGCCGCUGUUUCAGAUAGCGGCGACGUUGUUGCUGGCAUCGGCAGUUGCAGCAGCAGCUUUGAAUGGCACAGCAACAAUGUCGAAGCCAGGAUGCCCGGACAAGUGCGGCGAAGUCGACAUCCCCUACCCGUUCGGCAUCGGAACCAACUGCUCCAUGCAAGGCUACGACAUCACUUGCGGUGGCACCGCCGAUCAUCCAAGAGCUUUCAUAAGUGCAGGAAACAUCGAAAUCGUCCGCAUCUCCUUGGUUGAUCAUGAGUUAACCGCGCGUAUCUACAUGGCUAAGUGGUGUUACGACCGUGCGUUUCACGCAAAUACAUCCGUGGAUCUUCCAUAUUUGUUCUCCGCCACCCGCAACAAGUUCACCGUCGUCGGCUGCGCCACUCUCGCCUACAUCGGAGGUCAGAACGACGAUACUCACUCUUAUGCUAGCGGAUGCAUAUCCAUCUGCCACGAAGAAAGCAGUGUUUCGGAGGGACCGAAUUGCGAUGGCUUGGGUUGCUGCCAAACUUCCAUCCCCACGGAGUUCAAUGUUUUUAAUACCUACUUCGACUUUAACUUCGACAAAACCAAUGUACAAAGUUUCAGUCCCUGCAGCUAUGCCUUCUUGGCUGAUCAAGAUUGGUUCCAGUUCGAUAAGUCCAAACUCUCCGAAGAUUUCGGCAAGAACAACAAUGACCAGUCUCCCGCCGUGAUGGACUGGGCGAUACGCAGCCCGUCGUCGUGCCCGGAUGCCCAAGCUCAGCCGGAAACCUACGCCUGCCGCGGUGGGAACACCACAUGCCUCAACUCCACCAAUGGCGAUGGAUACCGUUGCAUGUGUUCCGAUGGGUAUACAGGCAAUCCCUAUCUCGUGGAUGGAUGCCAAGACAUCGACGAGUGCCAACUUCCUCAGCUGUAUCCAUGCUACGGAGUUUGUACCAAUACACCGGGAGGCUACAAUUGCACAUGCCCUCCCGGCACGCUCGGCAAUGCCUCCGAAUACAAUUGCACCGACAUCCCAUCCAAAUUUCCAGCACCAGCACGGCUGGCUGUAGGUUUCAGCGCCCUCUUUGUAGGAGUUGCUCUCAUGCUAAUCCUAGCCACUCACAUGACUGUGCGUGCAGGUUGCAGCGCCAUCAUUGUAGCAUUAGGUGCUCUCAUUUCUUGUGUAACCAUAGCGAUCCAAAAGUCGAAACACAAAAGAGAAAGAGAGAUGUUCUUCAGGAAAAAUGGGGGCUUCAAGUUAUACGAAGAAAUCCUAUCGAAAAGGGUGGACACCAUUCAAGUCUUCACCGAGGAGGAGCUACAACGAGCCACGGACAACUUCGAUGACAAAAGAAUCAUCGGCUGCGGCGGGUACGGCUUGGUGUACCGGGGAAUCUUGGACGACCAUCGAAUAGUGGCGAUAAAGAAGUCCAAGAAGGUCGACGAGCGGCAGAAGGACGAGUUCAUCAACGAGAUCAUCGUUCUUUCUCAGGUCAACCACCGGCAUAUAGUAAGGUUACUGGGCUGCUGCUUGGAGCUGGACGUCCCCAUGCUGGUCUACGAGUACAUCUCCAACGGCAGCCUGUUCGAUGUGCUCCACCAUGACCGCUCCGCCUCGCGCCUCUCCUUGCAAGCUCGCCUAACGAUCGCUGAGCAGGCCGCAGAAGCGCUCGCCUACUUGCACUCGGGCACCAGCCGUUCCAUCACUCACGGAGACGUCAAGUCGCACAACAUACUGCUGGGCACCGACCUCUCGGCUAAAGUGUCCGACUUCGGAGCGUCCCAUCUCGUCCCGGUGGACGAAGACGAGUUCAUCAUGUUCGUGCAGGGAACGUUAGGUUACUUGGACCCCGAGUGCAUGCAGACCCACCGACUGACGGAUAGAAGCGACGUGUACAGCUUCGGGGUCGUCCUCCUGGAGCUGAUCACAGGCAAGAAGGCGAUCUACACCGACGCUGCCGGGGAAAAGAGGAGCCUGGCGACAAGUUUCCUUGCGAAGGUGAAGGAGCAGAGGCUGAAGGACAUACUGGAUGACAAAAUGGUGGAGGAAGGGGGAGAGCAGUUGCUGGGGGAGGUUGCGGCCAUUGCCAAGGAGUGCCUGAGCGUGAAGGGAGAAGAGCGACCCUCCAUGAAGGAAGUAGUAGAGGGACUGCAUUCUUUAAGAAGGUUAAGGCUGCUACCGAGGGAGGAAUAUGAUCGGGGAGAGAUCGAAAUGGUACAAGUUGAAGAGACAACAAGAGAGACGGAAACGGGUAGCAGCGCGUAUCAUGCCCUGCACAUGAAUACGGGGAGAUGA